AACAGCUGUUACGUCACGCAUGCGUGGUGGGAAAUUACGUAACAGGCUCCCUUCCCAGAGUAGCCCACUGCGUGCGCCCCAGUUGGAGCCCAGCCGGUCAGGUGGUGCGCCCGCCCGUGCUCAGUGCCCCCGGCGGUUGGUUAGCGUGACCCCUGGGUGACCCGGCGGCGCUGGAUGCGCGCCGUCACCGCUCUGCCGCCGCUGGCCCGUCUCGGCCGGCCGCUGCUGGCCGCUCCGUGCCAUCGAUCUCAGUUGGUGGUCAUCGGCCGGCGGGACAACAUGGACUUCUCUCCAAAGUCGCCCGAAGUGAACGUCGAGUCGAUGCGCAAGCCGUACCGGUGUCGAGACGACGCGUUCAGGGAGGAACACCUGAAGUCGCGCGAGCCGAUCGGCCAGUUCCGAGCCUGGUUUGAAGACGCCACCAAAACGCCCGGUAUUCUGGAGGCCAACGCCAUGUGUCUCUCCACGGCUACCACCGACGGCCGGCCCUCGGCGCGCUUCGUCCUCCUCAAGGGCUUCGGCCGGGACGGGUUCCGCUUCUUCACCAACUACGACAGCCGGAAGGCAGCCGAGCUGGACUCCAACCCUCUGGCGGCUCUGACCUUCUACUGGGAGCCUCUUAACCGGAGUGUCCGUAUCGAGGGUAAGGUGCGCCGACUUCCCGCAGACGUCUCCGAGCAGUACUUCCGCUCGCGACCCCUCGCCAGCCAAAUCGGCGCCCUGCUGGGCGCGCAGAGCAGCGUGGUUCGCAAUCGCAGCCACCUGGAGGGUGAGGAGGCCCUCAUCAGAAUGAAGCACGGCACGGACAAGAUGCCGAUCCCCAUGCCGAACUGGGGCGGCUACAUCGUCGAGCCGAUGGAGGUGGAGUUUUGGCAGGGUCAGACGACGCGGAUCCACGACCGGAUCCGGUUCCGUCGUCGGACGGCGGAUGACCUGACCAAGCCGUUUGUCAGACACGGUGAGGAUGGCUGGGUGUACGAGAGGCUCGCACCGUGAGUCCACGGAGGCCGGCCAGAGACGGAAUAGUGGUGAGCACUGCGAGGGCGAGAAACGGGGACUUUUUGGAACGUGAAUGUGAGGAGGAAAGGAUACGGCUAUACAGUGUACAGGGUUUACUGAGAGCUGAAGGAUUGCGACUGGUCCUCGAGACCGCGUCCCACUAAACAGCUGAUUGCUAGUAGUGCCGCGUGCUUUUUGGUAUGCAGCGCCUAUAUUUUGGCAGUGUUUAUCAUGCAUGUUUGUGAAUUUUCAUGUCUUCCUGUAGUGACAUUCUGUUUCAUGCACUCUGAAAUACAUGUAUACGAGCUUUUGA